UUGGUUCUGGUCCAGAGGACAUAAGCUGCAGGCGAGCAGCAGAUUUCAGUCUCAGGCUGGAGAUGGAGAGCACUCAGAGCAGGUUGCCUUGCAGAGGGUUCUGCACCUACUUUGCAGUGUUUGUGAUCUUUGUCUAUCUGGGUGUGAACUUCAACUGCUCCUGCACCCCUCAGGGAUGGAACUGUAAGCUGUUCCUGGUCCUUCCACUCCUCAUCACCUUCGUGUUCUUGCUGUGGACAGACUCGUCUUUCCAGAGAACCAGCAGACACCUGCUGCUCUCAUCAGACUGGAGCUUCUUGACGUUUUCCUGCAGGUACAUCAUCAGAGCAGCAUUUGUGGCCCUGCUGUGGGUGGUGUGUGUGCUCAUCAAUGGAGAGUGGUACGUUUGCUGUAUGAGCAACCAGACCACCCAGGCUCCGUUAGCCUGUAAAUCUGCAGGGAUGAUCACUGAGGAGGAGCAGAAGACUAUUGCUGAGCUGAAGAACACGUCCUGGAUGAUCGGCACUGGUUUGCUCUGCGGCAUCAUUUCAGUUCCAGCUCUGUUUGCCAUGUUGGGAUGGUCCAAACAGUCAGCGAGGGAGAGAAAGAACUUCUACCACAAACUGAUCCUGCAGCAGAACCAAAGCGUCCUGAAGGAGACUCUGGGGAAUUAUGCCAGAGAGAAGCUGUCCAACGAGAUGAAGAGGAGAAUCGAAGAUGGUCGAUGGGAGGAGUGCUGGGAUGUGGCCCCAAUGCUGAUCAGAGAGUCUGCUGGAACCGCAGCUCCUGAACAUCAACAGCAGGGGGCGCAAAGGCGGAGACACACCUGACAGAGAUCCUCUGCACUAAUUCCUGCUGCAGCUACUGGUUUAAUAACGGCUUAUUAUUAAUAAUAUGAAGAUAUAUAGAUAAUCUAGAUGCAAACAUAUGAACGUAUGAAAUACAAGAUCGUGUUUUUUACUUUGCUUUUAUUACA